AUGACUGAAGAUCUGUUUGCCAAGAAACUUCAAGCCUUAAAUGGGAAUAUGGGACCUCCCAUCUCAAAUGUACAAGGGACACCAGCGGUACCCAAGAUGGGUGUCCGGGCCAGAGUGUCAGACUGGCCGCAGAGGAAGGAGAGUAGCCAGUGCCCUCCACCAAGGUAUGACAGCCUAGUGACAAGCUUCCAGAAUGGACAGCCCAAGCAAACCACACCUGAGACGAAGCAGAGCCAGGGAUCACUGUCCAACUGUGGCUGUCUUGAGACCAAGUACGGGCUGGGUGAACUCAUGAGCCAACCACCCUACAAGGGGUUUCACCCACUCCAGAAGAGGAGCAACAGUGAUGUGACCAUUAGUGACAUUGGCGCAGAGGACAUGGAUCAAACUGCCAUCAACCCCAAUACAGGUGCAUCGCUCCACCGAGAGUACGGCAGCACUUCUUCAAUCGACCGACAGGGACUAUCAAGUGAUAGCUUUUUGGCCACCUCAAAGGGAUACCAUCCAGACUCCCCAGAACAGCCAAGUGCGCCACCACCGCUAGGGUUUCCUGAGAUGCUGCGCUAUGACACCUCUCUCUCACCAAGUUUACAGACAGCAGCCCAGAUAGCACGAGGGGACUUUGUCUGCAUCUCAAACUUGGACUAUGUAGACAGCUCUCUCUUCUACAGAGGCGAGAGGGCUCUCAUUCAGAGGCAAAAAACGGACAAGAACGAGACAUCAAUUUUCAGACGACUGAAGAGCACAAAGGGUGACGGCAAGCAAAGGCAACUCGGUGAUCAUGAGGAUGGCGGCAGACUUGGACGGCCCUUAAGCUUCCAGAGAUGCUUCGCCCACUAUGAUGUACAGAGUAUUCUUUUCAACAUAAACGAAGCAGUGUCUAAUCGUGCUAACCUGGCCCGAAGGAAGAACACAACCACUGGGGCAUCUGCUGCAUCCCAACACCUCUCUGGUGUACCAGGGGAGAAUACUGAUGUCUUACCAGUAUGCGAGUCACCGCUUGGUAGUUUUGAGGACCUUGGUCAAAAAGCUAGCACUGAUCCUGAUGAAGGAGAUGGGAAGAGCAAUGAUCUGGUUCUUAGUUGCUCUUAUUUCCGGAAUGAGAUUGGUGGUGAAUCUGAGAGGAAGCUGGGACUCACAAAACCAACCAGCCCUUCUUAUGGUGCUGGAGGGGAGAGUUAUUUGUUGGAUGCCACCCUCAGUGCCCGCUGUACCAAUUCUGGGGUGUCUGUGCUUGAAGUACCUCGUGAGAAUUAUGCAGUUCAUCGUGACUACGCCAUAGUCAAACGCUAUUCCAUUGAGCAUGUUGAUAUGGGUGCAUACUACUAUCACAAAUUCUUCUACAAUAAAGAGCAUCAAAACUACUUUGGCAUGGAUGAGAAUCUAGGGCCUGUGGCUGUCAGUGUCCGCAGAGAGAGGCUGGAUGAGGGGAAGGAGGGGGUUGUGUAUAAUUACCGUGUCGUUUUCAGAACCUGUGAGCUCACCACUUUGCGAGGUUCCAUUCUGGAAGAUGCCGUGCCCUCCACGGCUAAGCAUGGCACUUCUAGAGGUCUGCCCCUAAAGGAGGUGCUAGAGUACGUUGUGCCCGAACUUAACAUCAACUGCCUAAGACUGGCCAUUAAUUCACCGAAAGUCCCUGAACAGUUGCUUAAACUGGAUCAGCAGGGGCUGAAUUUCCAGCACAAGGUGGGCAUCUUGUACUGCCAAGCAGGCCAGAGCACAGAGGAGGAAAUGUACAACAAUGAGAAUGCUAGCCCUGCCCUAGAUGAGUUCCUAGACCUGCUAGGUCAGAGGGUGCGGCUGAAAGGCUUUACCAAAUACAGAGCACAACUGGACAAUAAAACGGACUCCACUGGGACUCACUCUCUCUAUACUACAUAUAAGGACUACGAACUCAUGUUCCACGUGAGCACUAUGCUCCCCUUCACCCCAAACAACCGUCAACAGUUGCUGAGGAAGAGGCACAUUGGGAAUGAUAUUGUCACAGUCAUUUUCCAGGAGCCAGGUGCCCUCCCCUUCACUCCCAAGAACAUCCGCUCACACUUCCAGCACGUCUUCAUCAUAGUCAAAGUUCACAACCCCUGCACAGAACACGUGUGUUACAGUGUGGCAGUCACCAGAUCCAAAGAUGUGCCUGCAUUUGGUCCUGCCAUUCCCAAGGGUGUCACAUUCCCCAAGUCAGCAGUUUUCCGGGAUUUCCUGCUCACCAAGAUGAUCAAUGGAGAGAAUGCAGUACACAAGUCAGAGAAGUUCCGUGCCAUGGCCACACGUACCCGCCAGGAGUACCUCAAAGACCUGACCGAGAACUUUGCUAGUGCUACUCCCAUUGAUUCAUCAGGGGCCAAGUUCAGCUUCAUCACACUGGGCGCCAGAAGGAAGGAGCGAUGCCGUCCACGAAUCAAUGCCCACCUCCAAAGCACUGGGGCGAUCACAUGGGCAGUGGCAGCCAGGGAUUUAAACCUGUCCAUUGACAUAGGCUGCCUGCUGGCCAUCUCCAAUGAGUUUGUAGCACUUAUUGAGGAAGCAACCAAGGAGGUGGUUUUUAACUGCUACUGUAGAGAUGUGAUUGGUUGGAACGUGUCCACCCUGGCCGGUCGGGUGAAGCUGUACUAUGAGCGUGGUGAUUCUGUUGUGUUCUCAGUGCAGGAUGGAUGUGGGGAAGAUGUGCGAGAGAUCACUCAGCGGUUGGAGAUGGUCACCAGGGGUUGUGAGGCGAUUGAGAUGAUUUUGCGAAGAAAUGCACUGGGUCAGCUGGGUUUCCACGUCAACUUUGAGGGCGUCGUGGCAGAUGUAGAGCCCUUUGGUUUUGCCUGGCAGGCAGGUCUGCGUCAAGGCUGCCGGCUAGUGGAGAUCUGCAAGGUAGCUGUGGCAACGCUCAGCCAUGAGCAGAUGAUUGACCUGCUGCGCACUUCGACAACAGUCACCGUGGUGAUUGUUCAGCCAUAUGAGGAUGGCACCCCUAGGAGGGGCUAUUCAGAAAUGUACCGGAUCCCAGUAAUGGAGUACAAGACAGUGCUUGACAGCGAUGGCAUCCCAUUCAGGACGGGCACUGGCUGGCAUCGCAUGCCUUCGAUCCCAGGAGCACUGCCCCUCUCCCGGAAUUCGCCCACACAGGGGCCCUCCCCGAGCCAACAGAUGUUCCGCUACACCCAGACAGCCAUCUCCCGCAGCACCUCCUUCGACAAGAAGUAUCAGGAUGGUGCCAGGGUAAUGCAGGACUUUGAGAUGGUUCAGAGCCCCACGGGUAACCCAGGCCAACAUUACUGCAGCUCUCCCAGUAACCAGUCCACAUCCAGUGAUCCAGGCCCCUGCGGAACGUGGACCCAGAAGACACCCUAUGAAGGGUGCCAUUCACCCACACUCCAUGAGCAGCCUGAAGAUAAAGAGGGAGAGAGGGGUGGUGACAGGGAGCCCAAACUAGAGAGGACCAGGUCCGCUGUGCUGACUUCUUUUUCAGAGGCCAAGUGGCACAUCCCAUCCACAAAGAUCCUGAACCGUGGCCUGCAGAGACAAGGACCUAAAGAUUCACCUAAUAGGUUCCCUCAUUCACGGGAGAAGAGUUCCCACAGUCACUGCUCCAGUCACUCCAGUAGUAACACCCUCUCCAGUAAUGCAUCAAGCGGCAGCGACGACAAGCGCUUUGGCUCUGGUGACCCCAUGGACCCCGAGUCACUCGGUCUUACCUACAUUAAGGGUGCCUCCACUGACAGCGGCAUUGACACUGCUCCUUGCAUGCCCCCUCCUCCUCCUCCACUGCCCCUAACUGGGGUAGACAGCGCACGGGUGGUGUUGAGAGACGGGAGGGGAGAGUCAGGGCUCCCUUGGGGGCUGGAGUACCAGGGAGAAGGAGAAACAGAGGAAGAGAGAGAGAAACUGUUCAUCACUCAGGGAUAUGUCGCGACCACAGCCACUGGACACGCCACUGAUGGCAGCACAGGAGACCUGAGUGAAAUAUCGUCCCUGUCCAGUGGAUCUCGGCACUCUGGCAGUCCCUUGGAACGUGUCUCCAAGAAAAGCAACUCCAUGGAUUCCUCCAAAGUCUACAUCAUCUCCCCUACAGGCACUGCCCCAGGCAGUGGUCUAGACAAACAUGACAGCCAGUCACAAAGCAACAAGUACCUGAGCGGUUGGAAGAAGACUGAGUGUGACCAGUUAGUGGAAGAAAUGGAUCAAUCCAGAGACUGUGGUGGAUCAGAGGUGUUAUUGUCUUUUCUCCUAAAGACACUAUUACGGAAAUCAAGACAACUUUAUUUGGCAGACCCAUCUCAGCUGAUUGGUCCUGAUGGAAAGUUCCAGAACACUCUCUCUAAGGAGGGCUUCCUCAGGAUGCUGCUAUCUGAAACCCCUCCGGGUCAUGGCGACAGAGGCAAGAUUACAGCCAUUGGUCAGUCUCCUCGCCGCACUCUAUACCGGACCCUGUCAGAUGAAAGUUUGUGCAGUAGUCAUCGAAGGACACUGUCUCUGGCUAGUUCUCGGAGCUCCAUGCUGGACCAGGCCUUGCCCAGUGACAUCCUGUUCAGCAGCACCUUACCCUACCACAGCACUCUGCCCCCACGCAUGAGUCUGAACCAUGCAACUGGCCAGCUAAAAAAUGAGAUGUGGUUCUCUGAUAGUUCUCUGGCAGACAAAGCCAAACUGAUUGACGCUGGUCUUAUGCCUCUGCCUGAUGCCACCUCUGGCCUGGACUGGUCCAACCUUGUGGAUGCUGCCAGAGCUUUCGAAGACCAGAGUGUGCUAUCAUUGUGUUCUUUAACAGAAGAGGAGCAGACUAAACAUGCACUGGAGAACUCUGACGUGAUUAGCAGAAGAGUAGAACAUGCGAAAGACUCAGCUCUGGAGACAGGGGAGGGCUCUCCGACUCUACUCUCUGGGAAAGUGAACCAGCUGGAACUGAUCCUCAGACAGCUCCAGAACGACCUGAAGAAGGAGCAGCAGGACAAGGCUAUGCUCCAGGAACAAGUGCAGCAUCUGAGACAAGAUAACCUUCGCCUGCAUGAGGAGAGUCAGACUGCAGCCGCUCAGCUUAGGAGAUUCACAGAGUGGUUCCUCAACUCAAUGGACAAGAAACUUUGA